AUGUCUCCACUACAAGGACUUCUUGAAGAGAUAUAUCGAUACGCCAUAAUCCCGCGAGAGGAAAGUGUCAUCUACGAGCGUCCAUGUCCACAGAAGAGGCAAAAUGACUGCCAUAUCUAUCAGCGGAGUCACGACACGUUCCCCGAAGUGAUUGACCCCGGUUUACCUCGCCAAUCGAGACCUACCAAUUACCAGUUCAAACUCAUCCAGCCAGCCGCAUGCCGCCUGGCUACCUUUUCUACGACACAAUCAGCAGAGAAGCACGCACAGUCAGCGCACAAGGGAGAGCGAUAUCUGUGCCCAAUUCCUCAAUGUAUGGUGGUAUUUGCCGACAAAUAUUACAUUGAGAAACACGAGCGUUUGUUGUCCGAUGUGGGCCACGCUGCAUGGAGCUGGCCUUCAUCAACUGCUGAAAUCAUCACCUGGAUGGCGUUGAUAUAUCCUGCCACCUCGGCGGCUAUAAAAUCUCAUAUUGCGCGCUCUCUCCAUGCUGUGCGUGUGUUACCAAUCCUGGCGUGCAUGAGCGAGAGUGACUACGGUUACAAGGUCAUUGCCUGUGAGUAG